GUGACAACACGAGAGAGAGAGAGAGAGACAGAGAGAGAGAGGGAGGGAGGGAGGGAGGAACAUAUAGGCGUAUAUAUAUAUAGUCAGAGAAGUUGACCGUUGAUCAUUCACAAAGCGACAAGAACACUUUUUCAGAGAGAAAGACAAAGAUGGUUCGGUGGUUCCACAGAGAUCUGUCCGGUUUGGAAGCAGAGUCUCUACUGAAGACUCGCGGAGUUGAUGGUAGUUUCCUGGCGAGACCGAGUAGAAAGAACGUUGGUGAUUUCUCUCUGUCAGUCAGAGUGGGCGAUGGAGUGACACACAUCCGUAUCCAGAACACAGGAGAUUAUUAUGAUCUGUAUGGAGGGGAGAAGUUUGCGACUCUGUCGGAGUUGGUGGAGUAUUACACUGGAGAACAACAUGGGGUUCUGCAGGACAAAGACGGAACCAUCAUCCAGCUCAGAUACCCACUCAACUGCUCCGACCCUACCACUGAAAGGUGGUACCAUGGUCACCUGUCAGGUCCAGAUGCAGAGAAGUUUUUGCGUGAGCGUGAUGAAGUGGGGGUGUUCCUGGUGCGUGAGUCUCUGUCCAAUCCAGGGAACUACGUCCUGUCUGCUCUCACUGAUGAGAAGAACACUAAGGGCAAGAGAGUGUCUCACAUCAAGAUCCUCUACAAUAAUAAUGGCUACACUGUGGGGGGGAAAGAGGUGUUUGAGACACUGUCUGAGUUUGUGGAGUUUUACAAAAAAACACCAAUUGAGGAAGUGACCGGAACCAAGGUUUACCUGAAACAGCCGUAUUUCUCCACCAGAGUGACUGCGUCAGCGAUUGACCACAGGGUGAAGCAGCUGGACAAGUCCAUCGAGCCACAGAACGAAGAAGGAGGAGACAAAAAGAUCAAAGCUGGAUUCUGGGAGGAGUUUGAUGCUCUGCAGAAGAUCGACACCAAAAUGAAGAAGAGCAGGGAUGAAGGCAUGCGUCCGGAGAACAAAAGCAAAAACAGAUACAAAAACAUCCUGCCUUUUGAUGAAACCAGAGUGAUACUGCAGGACAGAGACCCCAAUGUUGUUGGUUCUGAUUAUAUUAACGGCAAUUAUGUGAAGAAUAGGAUGUGUGAAAGCUGUCCUCCUAAAGUCUACAUUGCGUGUCAAGGCUGUCUUGCAACAACCGUCAAUGAUUUCUGGCAAAUGGUGUGGCAGGAGGAGACACGGGUCAUCAUCAUGACGACGAAGGAGGUCGAGAAAGGACGGAAUAAGUGUGUUCCAUAUUGGCCUGGCAGUGACGAGACCAAGGAGUUUGGAAAUUAUUUUGUGACGUCACUGUCUGAGAGAGAAGCAGGAGACUACAAAGUCAGAGUGAUGGAGGUCACAUCGAUCAACGGGAAUGAGAUGCCAAGAGAGAUCUGGCACUUUCAGUACCUGAGCUGGCCAGAUCACGGUGUUCCUGAGGAGCCAGACAAAGUUCUUGGUUUUCUUGCACAGGUCAACAGCAAGCAGCAGGAAUUUUCUAAUCCUGGGCCCAUGAUUGUCCACUGCAGUGCUGGAAUCGGGAGAACGGGAACCAUUAUUGUCAUCGACAUGCUGAUAGAGACAAUCGACAAUAAAGGUGUGGACUGCGAUAUCGACAUACAGAAGUGUAUUCAGAUGGUGAGAGAGCAGAGGUCGGGCAUGGUACAGACGGAGGCACAGUACCGGUUCAUUUACCUCGCCAUGCUGAAGUACAUCGAAUCUCAGAAAGACAUACAACAUGCUAGAAUGGCCACAGAGACAGAGUAUGGAAACCUGUCUCUGCAACCCAAACAUGUUAAAGCUUCUCGUAAAGUAUCCAAGAAUAAAGAGGAUGUAUAUGAGAAUCUGGGAGCAAAGGGGAAGAAAGACGUGAAAAAGCAGAAAUCAGAGGAGAAGAAGAGUGGCUCUGUGAGGAAACGAUAAGACUGAGUGGAAUAACGAUGAGGCUCUCACCGUGUUCUCAUUAUUAUUAUUAUUAUUAUUAUUAUUAUUAUUAUUAUUAUUAUUAUUAUUAUUAUUAUUGUUCAAGUUACUAUGUCAGAUUUAACAGAGAAAAAUAAUUCAUAAUUUACUUAGUAAUUAUUUUGUAAACUGUGAUUGUAAUACAAAUGCUUUUACAAUAAAGUGUUUUUCUCUCAAAUUAAAAA